UGACUGACAAUAAAUCUCAACAAGUGCGAGUGAUGUUGUGGACUAUUCCAAGAGCACUUUCCACGGCAUUUACAAAAUGUAUGAGCCACUUGGACAACGUAAAAAUCAUCUUUGAACCAUACCGUUGCGCCAUGAAGUAUGGACCAGAACGUACGUACGUAUUGCAAAAAGAAGCGCAAGAGUCAUUUGAAAAAUUAAUGGAUUCUGCAGCGCAGAUCAACCUAGAUAUGGGACUUGACCACAACUUGUUUACUUUCAAAUGGGUUAAGGAAACAUUAUUGGAGGGCGAUUAUCCAGGUAAAGACGUUGUGUUCUGUAAAGACAUGUCUCAACCAGUAGCAGCCAACUAUGACCUCAUUACAAGUGGAUUUCGCCACACCUUUUUAAUACGUCAUCCACUAAAGCUAUAUAAAUCAUGGUAUAAACAUUUUUCUAGAGUUGUGUCAGAAGAUUCUCAGCGUAUAGACGAGGUUUUAGAGAUGGCCGGAUCCAAAGACUACGCGUACGGAGACCACUUUCAACUAUACGAGCAUUUGAUAUCAAAUGGAAUUGAACGAGACCCGAUUAUAAUCGAUUCAGACGAUCUGCAGUCUGAUCCAGAAGGAAUCCUUCGAAAGUUUUGCCAAACACUGGGCAUCAAGUACACCCAAAAGCUACUCUCUUGGGAGGUGGGUGAUGGUGUUGUUAAGGACUGGGCAACAUCUAAGUUACAGCUACAAAGAGGCAAACUGAUUGGGGCUUACCAGAAUGCUUUCGACAGCACCUGUUUUAAGAAACAAGGGCCAUUGCCAUUACGUUCUGAGCUAAGUGAAUAUGCUCUGAAGUGCGUUGAUGUAACCAUGCCAAUAUAUCAGAAAAUGUACGAGAAGCGUCUACGUCCUUAAACGCUAUGAAGAUUGAUUUAUCUUAUGCCAUACAUUCUUUUUAAGUAAAAGUUAUUGCAUAUACCGUUUUGUAAAUUAAGUUUCAUCAAUUUAAUUCAAAUAAUUAUUAACAUUUAUUAAUAAAUAAUUAAAUAAGCAUACUUGAUAUUAUCAAUGUGUUUAUGAUUAUUACAUUUACUAAGAUGAUACCG